CAGCAUGACAGAGACAGCCUUAUCUCGGCUUAUCUCAUGAUUAUGUCCCGUCAUAUGCGCCUGCGUUUGAAUGCAACUUGAAUUGUUUAGAGACGAAAUUUGGUUUAUAGGUCGUUCUCGAAGGGAAUUGAACGGGCUUUGACUGUUCUCAUUAAAAAAUCCGUGUGGCCGUGCCUAAAUAUUCGAUCUCGACGCAGUGCAUUGUGGGUUUUCCGCCAUCUUACUUUUCCACCCCUCAGUAGAAGACAAACAGACACCUGAGCAUUGGUAUUUUUUAGACGGAAUUAAAGUCCGUCACGAUGGCAGGUAACGUGGGGAUGGAGUCGUUGAUCCCCAUAGUCAACAAACUUCAAGAUGCCUUCACGCAACUUGGGGUUAAUAUGCAGCUGGACCUCCCACAAAUUGCUGUUGUGGGAGGCCAGAGUGCAGGCAAGUCUUCUGUAUUGGAAAACUUCGUUGGCAAGGAUUUUCUUCCCCGUGGUUCUGGGAUCGUGACUCGUCGACCUCUCAUUUUGCAGUUGAUCCAAGCUAACUCUGAAUAUGCUGAAUUUUUGCACUGCAAAGGAAAGAAAUUUGUGGACUUUGAUGAAGUACGGAAAGAAAUUGAGGCAGAAACUGACCGCUUGACCGGCUCAAACAAAGGAAUUUCCAAUGUUCCUAUCAAUCUUAGAGUUUAUUCACCCAAUGUUCUUAAUCUAACUCUUAUCGAUCUCCCGGGUAUGACAAAAGUACCAAUUGGCGACCAACCUAAAGAUAUUGAGAACCAGAUCCGGUCAAUGCUUCUUCAAUUCAUCCUGAGAGAUAAUUCCUUGAUAUUGGCCAUCACUCCAGCAAAUACAGAUUUGGCAAAUAGUGAUGCAUUAAAAAUAGCCAAAGAAGUUGACCCUCAAGGUAUUAGAACCAUUGGAGUCAUAACCAAGCUUGACUUAAUGGAUGAAGGAACAGAUGCUCGAGAAGUUCUUGAGAAUAAACUGUUGCCUUUGCGGCGUGGUUAUAUUGGUGUUGUGAAUAGAUCUCAAAAAGAUAUCGAAGGUCGCAAGGACAUAAAGGCUGCUCUUGCUGCAGAACGUAAAUUCUUCCUCAGUCAUCCAUCUUAUCGGCAUAUGGCAGAUCGCCUGGGGACUCCCUACCUUCAACGGGUUCUGAAUCAGCAAUUGACUAACCACAUUAGAGAUACUUUACCGGGACUCCGUGACAAAUUGCAGAAACAACAACUUGCCCUAGAAAAAGAUGUUGAGCAGUACAAGCAUUUCCAGCCCAAUGAUCCUGCUAUUAAAACCAAGGCCAUGUUGCAAAUGAUACAGCAGCUUCAAUCUGACUUCGAACGUACUAUUGAAGGUUCUGGAUCAGCACUAGUUAACACAAUGGAACUUUCUGGGGGUGCUAAAAUCAACCGUCUGUUCCAUGAACGCUUCCCAUUUGAAAUAGUUAAAAUGGAGUUUGAUGAGAAGGAACUUCGUCGUGAGAUAGCUUUUGCCAUUCGCAACAUACAUGGUAUCCGAGUUGGUUUAUUCACCCCAGAUAUGGCCUUUGAAGCCAUUGUCAAGAAACAAAUAUCUAGGCUAAAGGAGCCUAGCCUCAAAUGUGUGGAUCUUGUGGUUGCUGAGCUUUCUAAUGUUGUUCGGAUUUGCACUGAUAAGAUGAACCGUUACCCUCGGCUGCGGGAAGAAACAGAACGUAUCAUUACCUCUUACAUUCGCAACCAAGAGCAGAAAUGCAAGGAACAGCUCGUUCUCUUAGUAGAAUGUGAACUUGCAUACAUGAAUACCAACCAUGAAGAUUUCAUUGGCUUUGCUAACAUUAUGCAGAGUGCGCAGAACCAAUCGGAAAAUUCCACAAAGACAGGACGCAAGCUUGGCAACCAGGUCAUUCGUAAGGGGUACAUGUGUAUCCACAACCUUGGAAUAAUGAAGGGUGGCAGCAGGGAUUAUUGGUUUGUCCUAACUUCAGAGAGUAUUUCGUGGUUUAAAGAUGAAGAGGAACGUGAAAAGAAAUAUAUGCUCCCUCUUGACGGUUUGAAGCUCCGUGAUGUUGAACAGGGCUUUAUGUCACGGCGUCAUACAUUUGCACUUUUCAACCCCGAAGGAAGGAAUGUUUACAAGGAUUAUAAGCAGCUUGAGCUCAGCUGUGAAACUCAAGAUGAUGUCGAUUCAUGGAAGGCGUCGUUCCUCCGUGCUGGUGUCUACCCGGAGAAGCAGACAGAGCAGAGCAACGGAGAGGAAGGCUUUGAGCAGGGUGGAAAUGAAGGAAGCUCUUCCAUGGAUCCAAUGCUAGAGCGCCAAGUGGAAACUAUUCGAAAUCUUGUUGACUCUUAUAUGAGAAUCGUUACCAAGACGACACGAGAUUUGGUGCCGAAAACUAUAAUGAUGAUGAUCAUCAAUAAUUGUAAAGAUUUUAUCAAUGGAGAGCUUCUUGCCCAUCUGUAUGCUUCUGGAGACCAAUCAUCAAUGAUGGAAGAGAGUCCAGAAGAAGCCCUGAAACGUGAAGAAAUGUUGAGGAUGUACCACGCAUGUAAAGAAGCUCUCCGAAUCAUUGGUGACGUCUCCAUGGCCACAGUCACCACUCCAGUGCCACCACCCGUCAAGAAUGACUGGCUUGCCUCUUCAAUCGACAACAAUCCCAGGUUAUCUCCGCCUUCUCCCGGUGGCCCAAGAAGAGGUGUGCAGCCCAUGAAUCCUGCACCAAUGGGUGGCAUGGGCGGCGGCAUGGGCGGUGGCAUGGGUGGUGGCUCCCGAGCACCGCCAGUCCCCCCUGCAAGCGGACGUCCUGCUCCUGCCAUCCCCAACCGGCCCGGACCGGGAGGACCACCGAUGCCUCCAGGCAGACCUGCUGGUGCUGGCCUGCCCCCACCGCUCAUUCCUUCGCGCCGCCAAUAGGUGUGCAUGAGUCUAAUCCGUUAGGCAGCUUCCUAACAUCUGUAACCUUCCCUGCUGCAAACAACCCACACCUCUGGGAGAUUGUAAAGCACUUCUUUGUAGUAUCUUUUGGUGAUGAAAUCCCUUGAAAAUUGAUGGAGACAAAUGUUUGAGUCUUCUAUUGUUAGCUUAUGUGGCUUGGUAACUUGCAUUAUAGUCUUAAUUAUUAUAAGAUUUAAAAAAAAUUAAAAUUGCACCAUUUGUGUGUUUGUUCCAUGCAAAUAAAGUUGUUCUUAAGUAACUUACUGCAUUAUAGCAGUUGCCAUGCGUUAGAGUGGUAGGAUCUUUGUUUUUUCUCUUCUUGUGCUUUACAUUUCUUUCAUUGUGUGCUGAGGAUUUUCCAUAAAAUACCUAAGUUAUUAAAUCCGCACACUCCACCGACUAGAAGGAAGAAGCAGCCAUCAUCUUCAGCGCUUCUAACGGAGUUUUAUUUGUUAACGUUGGGAUCUCAGACGGGGACAGACGCCACAAAUACCCCAACGUAUACAGCAGGAGGUUCAGCAAGCCGUUGGACAAGCUGUUGCGCGAGCCGCUGUCAACGAAUUUAUGGGUGCUUUCAAGCGCUGAAUGCAUCAUCUUCAGUCUUCUUCUCUGUAGCGUAUAAAGCUUUCUAAAAAUAAUGUCUUAGGCGGCCAAGAAGUUGGCUUUUUGUUUCAUCAAGCUGGUAGAUAUUUUAAGUCUCAUUGUUGCAUAUCCCUUAUUACCAAUAUGGAUAGGCCUAACCCAUAUGAAUUCAUAGAACGCUCUGUGUAGAUACAGAUGUGAUUCAUGUUGAAGCAGAUAGUCUGUGUGAGGGGUAUUUUGUUGAAGCGCACACACUCUGGCUUUCAUUGACUUAGCAUUGUCCCCUUGUUUGUGAGAGUUCUGCAAGAUGGGACUGCAAAAAGACAACCCAAACAAUUAUAUAUUGACUUAAUUUUCUUGUAAGUUUGUUUUCCUUGUAAAUAUUUUGUGAGAAGUGUCCAUACCUUACCCCUAGUGUGUGCCUGAUAAAAAUAUUGAGUUCUUAGUAACUUUCUUAAAUCUUGUUGUUAGUCUCAUCAUCAUUUCCAGAUUUCAAGAUAGCCUCAAAAAUCGAUUUUGAAAAUUGGGUGGGCUGUUUCUGCAAAUUAUUUCGUAACUCUCUUGAUAUUUAGACUCCAUUACCAUUUCAUUGAAUUGCAAAAUCUUUCAUUACGAUUCAAGUUAGGGUAUUAGGAAGUUGUCUUUGGAAUUUUUUCAGAAAUUUCCCAAGUAAGCCUCAAACUGAUGGUUUUGGCUGAUGAAAUUGUGUUGACAUGAGUUAUUCCAUGACAUUUGCUUUAUUGGCCGUGUGUCUGCGUUCUCGGCUCCCUUAGAUAUUGAAAACAGCUUAUUAUGGGAAGGUUAUUGAUGACCAAAAUUUACGCUGUUCAUUAACAAUGUCUUGCCAGUGCUUAAAACAUUUAGUCACACAUGUGAAUGUGCUAGUAUCUUUCACUUUAUAGUGGAACCUUAGGUACUUCAAUAAUUUAGGUCCUGUACUGUUGGUCACAGCAUUGAGAACUAAGAUAAGAUUAGAUUCAAACAGUGUUUCCUUAUUACAUACGUUGCACUUUCUUCACUGUUUGUCUUAGGUGAUGUACAUUCCAUAGUUAUUAAAUGGACACAUUGUACAGUGUACAUUGAAAAGAAGAUACAAAGUAUUAUACUAUAACGCCCUUAUUGGAGCUAUACAAUUACAAAUGUAUUUUUAUGCUUGUUGUUGCUGUUGUUGCAAAAUUUUAAAAAGAGUUAUGAUAUUUAUUGGUAGGAGUGAGGCACAUAUUACAUAGACCUAUGUACUUUAUGCUGGUGUAUCCUCGACCUUUCUACAUCGAUGUUUAUGGAAGAAGGGUCAGUAGAAGAGGAUUCUAGAAUGUACCCCUUAACGGAAUUCCUGAAAAUAUCCUUCAGUUUGCUUUGGUGUGGUAUGUCAGCUUUAAAACUGUUUCAAGGGUGUCGCGUUUUGAUGAUGUUACUUGUCUCAACUUUGGAGGAACGAAGUACAGUCUUGUUAUUGUUGACAAGUGACCUAACAUUUUUAUAAUUUCUAAUGCAAUACAAUACCUCUUCAUUCCAUGCUGGAAGUUUGUCAUGUCUAUAAAUGUUUAAAAAGAAAUGAAUACCACUGUCACAAGCUGUUUGUCAUCACUCAAUGUUAACUAUUUGAGACAUGUGUAAUUGAUAAUUUCCUUUAGUGUAAGGCCUGCUUUACAAUUGAUGUUGAAAUUGUGAUACUUUUGUCGUAGUUCAUUUUCCUAUAUUAUAUUUUUAUGGUUUUGUAUGAAGGCUUGUUAAAACAGUAUUGAAAAAUCUGUUGACAUCAGAAUUUUCUUCAAGGUGGCGUGAUUAUUCUAAGAAAAUAUGAUUCUAAUUCUCUUGCAGAGGUAAAUGUUUUCCCCUCAAUAAUUGUCUAGAGUACUUAGUUCUAAACACAAAUAAGAGAUGCAUGUUUAAUUUUCUGCAAACUGUUUUUGUUUGUGCACCCCACAGUGUUAAUAUGUACGUUCAGUGCCACUUCGGUAACCAGUCAGGCACCAUAGGCAUUUUGCCUAUUAUCGAAUGCAGCCUUCGUAGGGGAGUCACAGUUGGAUGAUGCUCAUUGUAAGCUUACAGAUCAUGUAUAUUGGCCAAUCCCUCCCCGAAGCCCCUCCCCUCUAUACAAGGGACUUGUAUCAGAUGGGGAGUUAUUUGAAUGUUCUAGAAUGUAAUGUGAAUUUUCACUCUUAAUGACUUAAAGCGGCAUUGGUAGGCUUAGUGAGGUUACCUUUGUUCCAAGGCAAAUUGUAAUAGUAGUAACAGGCUGCUACAUUGAAUAAGUGUGUCUUUUAUUUUGCAUUCACAAUGUGAUUGUCGAUUUUCAAUGUGCAGUCAGUAGCUGUAAGCAUUAGCAUGAAUGUUCGCAGUAAUUCAUGAAUUAAAAUCUUUCCAUUUGUGUACACAUGUUCUGCUAAGUUUUGUUGCAUUAGUGUGCAUGGGAAUUGUGAGUUUUUUUUUAGGAUGCUAUUUGUGUGACUCACUCUCCCUGAAGGCUAUAGGAUCUGGGCUUUUGUUAUAAAGAUUUUGUUUUAGACCUGUUUUGUUUUGGUGAUGCUUUAAUUGUGGGGGUUUCUUGAUGCUGUGGGUGUCUUGUGCAUAUCUCAAAUCGACUCUUUCAGUGCAUAACAGUUGGAUGACAUGAAAAAAAUAUCAUUACAGGAAAACAACACAUUUCACUUUUAUGGAUUUUAUUUGGUCUGAUUUUACUGUGCCUAUUUAUUGGUUUUAAUUAUUAUUCUCUUGUAAAGGAAUCAAAGAGCGACACUAUGAACUGCAGAAGCUCUAGUCGCUGUUCUAACUGACAUUUAUUGUGUACAUAAAUUUGUGUGUAUUUUUCUGGUCUUGACUGAUAUUCACUUGCAAAUGUCAAGCUUUGUACCACAUUCAUUGUUAAAUCUGCUGAUUUUUAGACCAAGGAUGGAUGAAGACCACAUUUGGCUGCCUUUUCUGUUUUCAAGGUUGCAUGAUAUGUCAAUUAACAUCCUUUAAUCAGCUCAUAACCUACUUGUGUACCCUUGGUUACAUACUGUGCUAGCAGCUAGCAGAGAUAAACCUGUAGCCCUCACAUUAUUAAUCUUAAUAAAUAUGCUAAAAAAUAAA